ACAUAUUUCUAUCUACUUUCCUCCCUCUCUCUCACUCUCUCUCUCUUUCUCUCUCUCUCUCUCUCGCUCACACUGGGGAGGAGAGUGGGGUGGGGGGAAGACAGUGCAGCUAAUUGGAAUGGGCGCAUCAUCUCCACCUCCUCCUCUUCCUCCUCUCCACCCACAUUUGCGUAUUCCCCACUCUGCCCCUGCCCGGCUUCUCCUCCUUUUCCUGUUGCUUAUAUUCCCCCCCGUGUCCACGUCCGUUAACAUCACCGCCGUGCUCUCCGCCUACCCCGACCUCUCCGACUUCAACCGCCUCCUCAGAUCCACCUCUGUCCCCGGUGACCUCGCCGGCCGCUCCUCCCUCACCAUUCUCGCCGUCCCCAACGCCUACCUCCUCCGCUCCUCCGCCGCCCGUGCCGCAGCUGCCGCGGACAUCGCCGACGUCCUCCGCUACCACGUCCUCCUCGAGUACCUCUCCUGGCCCGACCUCCGCAGCAUCCCCGCCGGCGGGAAACUCGUCACCACACUCUACCAGACCACCGGCCGCGCCGCCGGAAACCUCGGCGCCGUCAACCUCACCCGCGACGACGAAGGCGCCGUCACUGCGCGUUCGCCCUUCCCCUUCUCCGCCUCCAACGCCACCGUCCUCGACCUCGUCGGCACCCUCCCCUACAACGUCUCCAUCUUCGCCGUCGACGCGCUCCUCCUCCCUUAUGGGUUCGACCUCGCCGCCUCCGAGACCCGACCUUCCGUCCGGGUCAACAUCACCCGGGUCCUCGUCGAUGGCCGCGACUUCAACGUGGCAGCCUCCAUGCUCGAGGCGUCGGGCGUCGCGUCGGAGUUCGAGGCCGCCGAGCGCGGCGCCGGGAUCACCGUCUUCGUUCCCACGGACGAGGCCUUCGCGGAUCUCCCCGUCACCGAGCGGCUGCAGUCGCUGCCGGCGGAUCGCAAGGCGGUGGUUCUCCGCUUCCACGUGCUCCAGUCCUACUAUCCCCUCGGUUCCCUCGAGUCCAUCGUGAACCCCGUCCAGCCCACGCUCGCCACCGCGGACACCGGCGCCGGCCGCUUCACCCUCAACAUCACCCGCGUCAACGGCUCGGUGGCCAUCGACACCGGCGUGGUCCAGGCGUCCAUCACCCGCACCGUGUUCGACCAGAACCCGGUGGCCAUAUUCGCCGUCUCCAAAGUGCUACUGCCAAGGGAAAUCUUCACGGGGGAGACCAGCGGCGCGAUGCAGGCGGUGGCUGCCGCGCCGCAGCCACCGGAGUUGGCGCCGCAGGGGGCGGAGGAGGUGGACACACCGCCAGCGAGUAUGUCGUCGCCACCGGGCGUCAGGGAAGAUGUCACGUCAGGGGCGGACGGCCGCGAAGAGGUUGCUCUGUUUUGUACAGCGUCGCUCUAUCUAAUGCUGCUCUUACUGGUAUGAGAUCUACUUUCUCUUCAUCUAAAUUUUGGGUCUUUAUUCUUUGGUGUUUUUGGGGUUGGGAGGAUAUUUCCGACGGUGUUGUAUACAGAGAUUGGAAUUUUAGCUGCAAAGCAGCCUCUUUUUUCCUUCCUUCCUUCCUUCUCGUUUUGGGUGAUUCAUGGCGCACUCAACUCAGCUAUGUCGUAGUAAUCCCAUGGAAUUCCAAGCAAGAAAUCUCUGUUCA